AUGCCUACUUUAUCCAAUCUGACACAGAUGCUGGAAGAUGUCUUCAAAAAGAUUUUUAUUACUUAUAUGGACAAUUGGCGCAGGAACACAACAGCUGAGCAAGAGGCCCUACAAGCCAAAUUGGAUGCUGAGAACUUCUACUAUGUCAUCUUGUACCUCAUGGUGAUGAUCGGAAUGUUCUCUUUCAUCAUUGUAGCUAUCCUGGUGAGUACAGUGAAAUCCAAGAGGCAAGAGCACUCCAACGAUCCCUACCACCAGUACAUCGUGGAAGAUUGGCAAGAGAAGUACAAGAGUCAAAUCUUCAAUCUAGAAGAAUCAAAGACCACCAUCCAUGAGAACAUGGGUGCAGCAGGGAUCAAAAUGGGUCCUUGA